AGUAUUGAUUGUUCUGCUUUGCUUGUUGCUAUUCUACAAAUUCAGAAAUAAUUUGCAAGUUGCUUUGAUGCUGAUAGGAAUAAUAAUUGUACUAUGGUCUACCAAUAUCUUGUUUAUAUGUUGCGACUUUAAACAAGGCAACUGGUAUAUUCUCUUGGUCUUCAUUAUUCUGGAAGACUUGUUAACAAUCAUCUUCUGUAUCUUUAUCAAAAGAUUGAAACUAGUAGUGAUGAUAAUCACAAUGAUCUUGUCGGCAGUGUAUGUGAUAACCGGCGUAGUCCUGCUUCUCGCAGGGAAGCGUAGA